GCAGGUGCACGCGCGGGGCCUGCGUGCUAGAGCGAUGCGCGCGUGCGCUCCGGGGUAGCACCCGACCCGGCCUGCGCGCCCCCGGCCCGCGCGCCCCCGGCCCGCAGCGAUGUGGUGGCUGCGCCUGCUGCUCCUGGCGUUUCUAGCGGCGGGCAGCGCCGAGGCCCAGGCGAACUCCAGCGACGGUUUCCUUGAGUUUUCCGUGGGGAAAUUUGCAUACUUUGUGCUCAGCAGGCCUUUCCCCCAGGAGGCCAUCCUGCAGCACAUUUCAAGCAAUGUGACCUUUCUUCUUUUCCAAAUACACUCACAGUAUCAGAACACCACAGUUUCAUUUACUAAGACUCUCCUUCCCAGCACCUCAGGAACAGGCAACGACAGAGGGCUGGUUUUUAUUCUUAGACCCAAGCAGACUAUGUGUUCUUGGUACUUGGAGACAGAAGAUACCAAGCCUGUUCAAAGUGUGGCCGUGACGCUCUCCUACUCAGAAACAGAUCCCAUUCCUGGAGGCUGCAAUUUGGAGUUUGAUUUAGAUAUCGAUCCCAACAUUUAUUUGGACUAUAAUUUUUUUGAGACAACUAUCAAGUUUGCACCAGCAAACAUAGGCUAUGCAAGAGCUGCGCAGCCCCCGCCGUGUGAUGUGAGCACGGGCCAGGAGUCCAGGUGGAGGCUGCGCUAUGACGUGUAUCAGUACUUUCUGCCCGAGGGGGACCUCACCGAGGCCUCUCUGCUCCAGCAUCUUCAGAGGAUGGCCCAGGUGGCCCAGGUGAAGGCCAGUGCUGUCAAGGUGGUUACCCUAACAGCCGACGAUAAAACAGCCGUGUCCUUCUCUUCCCUCCCGGGACAAGGAGUCAUCUAUAACGUCAUCGUUUGGGAUCCGUCCCUCAAUACAUCUGCAGCUUACGUGCCUGUGCACACAUAUGCCUGCAGCUUUGAGUCAGGGGAUGGUAACUGUGUUUCUGCUGGAAGAGUCUCUACGAAAGUGUUCUCCACUGUGUUUGCCCUGCUCGGGCUCUUCGUAUGUUUCUUUGGACACAGAUUCUGGAAGACAGAAUUAUUCUUCACUGGCUUCAUCUUCCUGGGGUUCUUCUUCUACAUCCUGAUUACCAGACUGACAGCCCUCCAGUACGACGUUCGCCUGGCCCUCACAGCUGUAGCUGGCAGCUUCGGUGGACUCCUCCUGGUGGCCUUGUGGUGGCGAUUCGGGAUCCUCACGCUCUGCAUGCUGUGUGUGGGACUCGUGCUGGGCUUCCUUGUCUCUUCUGGGACCUUCUUCACUCCUCUGGGAAACCUAAAUGUGUUUCAUGAUGAUGGAGUGUUCUGGGUGACGUUCUCCUGCAUAGCUCUGCUUGUUCCAGUCAUCUUCAUGGGCUGCCUAAGAAUACUGAGCAUCCUGGCUUGUGGAGUUGUGGGCUCCUACUCCGUGGUGUUGGCAGUUAACAGUUACAUGUUCACGAGCCUCUCAUACAUCACCCUGAACGUCCUCAGGAGAGCCCUCAACGCAGAUUUCCGAGGGGUUUUCAUCAGUGUGCCUUUCCAGACCAACGACUACAUCAUCCUGGCCCUGUGGGGGAUGCUGGCUGUCAGUGGGAUUACACUUCAGAUUCGAAGAGAAAGGGGACAGCCGCCGUUCCCUCCCCAUCCCUACAAGCUAUGGAGGCAAGAGCGAGAACGCAGAGUGACCAACAUCUUGGAUCCUAGCCAUCACCUCCCUCCCCUGAGAGAGAGGCUCUAUGGCCGGGUCGCUCGGAUCAAAGAGUUCUUCCAGAAGGAACAACCGGCUGGAGAGCGGACGCCACUGCUUCUGUAGAAGGCUGAGGGUUAGUGUUUGCCCUGAAGCUCUCAUCUAGACAGCCCAGCUGUCCCAGGACCAGUGCGGGGUCAGCCGGGGUGAGUGAUAGGACCACGUCCCUGUUGAUGUACAGCAGUGGGGUUAGAGGAUUCUAAGUGGGAAAAAUCACUAAAUAGUUGGCCAUAGAUGUGUUUCCUCAUUUUCCACAAUCUUGAGGAGUUAUCUUUUGGUUUAUAUAGAUGAUUGAUGUCUUUUAUAAAAUACACCAAGAAAUAAAAAUGUCUCCUUAAAGCCCUGGUGUUCUUUUCUUGUAGCUUCUUGGACAGUUAGACUCAGUCUGAACCUGUGGAGGGGGAGGCAGGCAGUGGGUAUUUAUUUGCUUUGUGUGUAGAAGUUUAGGGAUUUGAUUCUGGACCCUUGAAUGUCAAGACGAAGGGAAAAGUAACUCCCCCUUUUUCUUAAAAGCAGUCUGAUUACUUGCCUACAUCUCAUAUUAAAAUCAGGAACUCUUUUCAUUUUUUUUUUCAGUAUUCAAACAAUUUAUUUUAAAAACUGUGGCAAACUAUCCUAAAAUGUUAUCAAGGUAGAUUUCCUGUUGUUUUGCCAGGUAGUGUUUAAAGUGGUAAAUUAGAUAGCUAAAUUAUUUCUGUAAUCGAAAAUAGUUGUUUAUUAAAGAUAUGUUAUUUAUAGCCCAAAUGAUGGCCUAUUUUUGUUUUGGGGCCACUUAAAGCACUGUUGGCUGGUGAGCUUUCUUUCUUAGGUUGCAUUAAGAUGGUGACUGGACUGUAUUUUGUCAGAGAGAAGUCAGUGAGACCUUCUUCCUAGCACCCUGUAACGUUGUGUUAAUGAUUGCUUUGUGUAACUUUGUGCUCCGAAGCUCAGAGGGAUCACUCAGCCGAGCUGCUUCUUAAGGCCACCCACCCUGGGUUCUUUAAGGAGGGCCACACCCUUUUGACUCCUCUGAACACCAGGUUGUGGGUUGUCAGCUGGUUUCCCCGACAUGUGUGACUCAGUGCGCUGGUGUGCCAGUGGUGUGCCACCUUAGGUUACCACUGCUUAACCUGUGGUGCUUCUGAGUCUCUUCACAGCAGGACCAUAGUCUUGACAUUUCAGGGAGUGGGCGGAGUCUUCACUUCUGGCUUUGAAAAAUGGUUUUGAAGGUAAAACAUAAUGAAAAAUUAUAAAAUGAACCCCUUUUGGCUCAUUUCAGGAGAGUCUUAUUCUGUUAUUACUAUGUAGCUUCAGCAAUAAUUUUUUUAAAAAGUUACUAUAGGGUUUCUGGCUUGUCACAUGCUUGCAUUUCUGUUGUGAGGAUUGUUGGAGAACUAUUCUCUGUACUGUUGGAACACACUGACAGUCAAGAGCUGUAAAAGGCAGAAUAUGCUGUUUUGGAGGGAGAAUACAAAAUAUUUGUAAAUUUUCAUAAUUUUAAUAAUACUAUUUGUAUAAUUUUUGUAAUAAAUACCUACUUU